AUGUCGACCCUAGCCCCCAAGGACGACCCCGAUCCAUCUCCCUCUUCCCCGCCUUCAGCCAUCCCAGCCCGCCUGAAAAGCAAACAGAACCAACAACCUACCAACUCUCCCAAUACUGCUGCCUCCAACCGCCGUAGAUUAGGCGGCCUCUUCGCUGAAAUGGGCAUCAGCGUCUCCCCAGCUCGAGCAAGAGCUGUUUCAGAGAGCCCGGCUGGUACGCCGUCUCGAAAAACGACGAAUGCUGGCUCGGAGCUGGUGUCGAGUGUCGCCUCGUCCAUAACGUCCUUUGCUGAUCGUAUGGCUGCUCUAUCUAUGGUGGCCAGCGGCGGCAACGCAAAGACUAUUUCAAGCCCGGUCAAAGAAGGGACAAUGGAGGGUCGAGUGAGUGAUGAGGGGUGCUUUGUGGACGCCUGUUCGGUAACAAGCCUCGAGGCGGACACAAGAGAGCAUUCAGACCUCGAAGUCUUGUCAGAUGAUCUGCUAUUGGAGAUCUUCUUGCACCUCGACACCGCCGAUAAUCUACACGUCCUCUCGCAAGUAUCAAAGAGAUUUUACAACCUUUCGCGAGCGCCCAUACUCUGGAUGAGGAUCUGUGACUCGACUGGCUACCGCGAUGAUCUCAGAGCCGAGGUAGACGAGCAAGCGCUAGGAGUCUGGGAGGCUCCCGAUGCUGGAGAGGCUUCCACGACCGGGACAGAAGACGGCUCAAUACCAAUCCACUAUCCAACAUUCUACCACACCAUGUCUUCCCUCCCCCAACACAUACGGUCCCUAAAACCCACUCACCAUCCUGUCCUGACGACCAUCCCUGGGCACACCGACAGCAUCUAUGCCCUUCAAAUGCUGGGGCAGUGGCUAUUCACAGGCUCGAGAGACAGAUCAAUCCGACUUUGGCGACUCCCUGCCCCGUCUCUUGCAAAGACGAGCCAGGGUGCAGAGCUCGCUGCUUCAGUGGAGGACGCGCAUGGUGGAAGCGUGCUAAGCCUUGUCUUUGAGUGUGACCUGCAAGGUAGGGGGCUACUCGUCACUUCUUCCUCGGACGAAACUGCCUCCAUCUGGUCGAUAUUUCUCCCUCAGCGACCCUCUGACGGUGAGGCCACAAUCGAAAAGCUUCAAGCACUACCACACCCUGCAGCGGUCCUCGAUGCUGCGUUGACGCCAGCCCAUAUCGUGACAGCCUGUAAAGACCGGCACCUCCGGGUCUUUUCACGCACAACGCUGGAGCAGGUAUGGGAGUUGAAAGAGCACCGGGGACCUAUCAACUGCGUCACGGUGCAUGGCACAAAUGGCAAGCUGGAGGGAGACAACCAUGAAGAGGUGAUCUCUGCAAGUGGGGACGGGAGCUGGAUCAUAUGGGAUGUGAAAACAGGCAAGCAGGUUCGGCGGGGUGCUGGGGAUGGACGAGGUUUGGCCUGUGUUGCUUGGGAGAGGGACUAUAUUGUCACUGGCGAUAACGAAUGCCUCAUCAAGCUUUAUGAUGCUGCGACGUGCAACCUCAUCAAGGUCUUUCAAGGCCACACCAACUUGGUGCGCGCUGUUGCCUUGCGUCCAAGAGAGGGACUGGUGGUCAGCGGAAGCUACGACCACAGUGUCAUGAUUUGGGACAUGCACACAGGCCUUCUGAUCAAACGACCCUCUCUGCCGCACACUUCGCUGGUACUUGACAUUCACAUGAGCGCAAAUCGCCUCGCAUCGGCUGGGCAUGAUAAUUCGGUGAUGGUGCUGACUUGGGGAGGAGAUCUGCCCUAUACUGAUCUGCUGGUGUGA